AUGCAUUCCUUUCAAUUUCUCUUUGCGUCAAUCUUUUUUUCCAAAUCAAUCUUCGCAGCAACAAUUGCCAGAGAUACAUUGAGUUCCACUGGAUGCAUAAACAGCGCCGCUAAUCGUUCAUGUUGGAGCGACGACUUUGACAUAUCCACAAACUAUUACGAUGAGGUCCCAGAUACAGGCGUGAUUCGUGAAUAUUGGUUCAACAUUGAAAACACCACGGCGGCGCCAGAUGGCGUUGAAUUACCUGUACAACUCAUCAAUGGAUCAUUUCCUGGACCCACCAUUAUCGCAGAUUGGGGCGAUAUUGUCCGUGUGCAUGUAACAAGCUCCCUUCAGAACAACGGCACUGGUCUUCACUUUCACGGCAUUCGCCAGAAUUGGACAGAUCAGAAUGAUGGUGUGCCCAGCAUCACUCAAUGUCCGAUCGCACCCGGAGACUCUUAUACUUACGAGUGGCGGGCUGUCCAAUAUGGUACUGGUUGGUACCAUUCGCAUUUCUACGUCCAGGCUUGGGAUGGUGUCUUUGGUGGAAUCAUUAUCAAUGGCCCUGCCACAUCAAACUAUGAUGUUGAUCUUGGCCAUGUUUUCCUGAAUGACUGGUAUCACGAAACUGCAGACGUACUCGUUCUACAAGCUGCCACGGGUGGCCCGCCCACCGCUCCCAAUGGACUCAUCAAUGGGACAAACACUUGGAGUGACACCGUUGGCUCUCGCUUCGAGGUUGGUUUUGAGGCAGGUGUCCGAUACCGCAUACGCCUGGUCAAUGCCGCUGCCGACAAUCAUUUCCGCUUCAUGAUUGACAAUCACACAAUGGAGGUCAUUGCCACUGACUUUGUGCCCAUUGUCCCUUACAACACAACCAACCUGAGUAUCGGAAUGGGCCAGCGCUACGAUAUUAUUGUCACAGCCAAGGAUCUCACAAGUGGUGAUUUCUGGAUGCGAUCUAUCCCACAAUCCACCUGCUCUGAAAGUGACGCCACAGACAGUAUCAAAGGAAUUGUACGCUACGACAGUUCAUCGACCACUGAUCCAACAACUUCAGCCUACGAUUACACAGACUCUUGUGCCGAUGAGGAGUCAAGCAACCUAGUUCCCUACCUGGCAAUUGCGGCAUCCGACACAUAUGAAGGCGUUGACAAGAAUGUCGGGCUGCAAAUCACAGAUAAUGCUCUGCUUUGGGUGAUCAACAAGACAACAUUCCGCACAACUUGGGAGAACCCGACCUUGCUCCAAGUGGCCGAGGGCAAUGCGACUUGGACGGCAAAGGAGCAGGUUAUCCAAUUGCCCACUGCCGAUGAAUGGGUCUAUUUGGUUGUACACUCUCCAUUUGCCCAAGACCACCCCAUGCACUUGCAUGGCCACGACUUUUGGGUUCUCGGAUCAGGCUACGGACAAUAUGAUUCCACGAAUGCGAAUGGUUUGCAAUUGACUAAUGCUCCACGAAGAGAUGUCGCAAUGAUGCCAGGCAGUGGCUACCUUGUCAUUGCUUUCAAAACGAACAACCCUGGUGCAUGGCUAAUGCAUUGCCAUAUUGCCUGGCAUACUUCUGAGGGAUUUGCUGUCCAGAUUUUAGAACGUGAGUCCGAAAUCACAUAUGAUUAUAAUGCAUUGAAUGAGACAUGCACAAAAUGGAAGGCAUAUGUAGCUGCGGAUAAUAUUGGGCAAUACGAUUCAGGCGUAUAA